AUGUCAACUUCCAGCUGCGCUACUUUCUGUCUCUCCAAAUCCCUGCCCGUCUUCGGCCUGGAAUACGGGCGAGAAUGCUACUGCGCAUCUUCCCUCGCAGCCAGCGCCCGCCCACUCUCCCCCAACACCUCCGAUGCCUCCUCCGGCUGCAACAUGCCCUGCUCCGGUGCCGCCACAGAAGUCUGCGGCGGCAACUCCCGCCUCAGCGUCUACAACAACACCCUGUACAGCCCGCCUGUGCACAAGGCGACGAUCAGUGGCUAUGCGUUUCAGGGAUGCUAUACCGACAUUGGUCCACGCACGUUGCAAGGGUACUCAUUCUCGAAUGGCAACAUGAGUCAGGAGCUGUGUGUGAGCACGUGUGCGGCGAAGGACUUCAAAGUCGCAGGCGCAGAGUAUGCUGAGCAGUGCUUCUGUGGGACUGAGGUGCUGAUCAGCGCGGACGGGAAGGGAGGUAUGAAGGUGCAGAACGGCGAGUGUGCGAUGCCGUGCAAAGGCGACGGGUCAGAAUGGUGCGGUGCGGGCAAUAGGUUGAGUAUUUGGGCGAUGUAG